CUGGGAAGCCUCAGCAUCUCAACAAUGGCCUCAAAGGGCCUUCAGACGUUUUCGAGGAGCUUGAGAACUCUGCGGACUUUCACUCCGAGUUCGAAAGAUCCUCUGACGCAAUGUCUAGCACCUCGACUUUGCAGGUCCAUGGCGACAGAGACUGCAAUGCCAUCCGAAGCAAACAGAAUGUUUGGCAAUUCUUUUCUCCAGACUGCCUCGGAUCCCAUAUACGACCUCCCAGACCCAACCGUUACGACCACAGUCUACAAGUUCCCUGAAAUGGAACCUCUACGAUUUGAAUCAUAUGAUAGCAAACAUUUGCACCUCCCCUUACGAAGAGAUAUCCUCCACCGCGCCGUAGUCUUCGAAGGAGAUGCCACCCGUCAAGGAACAGCCAGCACGAAAACCCGGUGGGAAGUCCACGGAUCGCAUCGCAAAAUCCGUCCCCAGAAAGGAACCGGCAAGGCACGUCUAGGAACGAGACAGUCUCCCAUGUUGAAGGGAGGAGGAAAAUCAUUCGGUCCUCAUCCUCGAGACUUCUCGACCGAAUUACCGAGAAAAGUGUAUGAUCUGGCGUGGAGAACUGCUUUGAGCUGGAGAUAUAGAAGAGGAGAGUUGAUCAUCUGCGAAGAUGGGAUGGAUAUCGAGUAUCCAAAGACGAGAUAUGUGAAAGACAUCUUUCAGCAUAAUGGAUGGGGACAACCGGAUGGAAGGUCGCUGGUCAUCACGGGAAGCUUUAGGAAGAAUCUCUUCAGGGCUUUGCGACAUGCUGGAGAGGAUGGAAGGAUCCAGAUGGCUAGAGAAGUGGAUGUCAAGGAUCUGUUGGAGCUGGGAAGGGUUAUCAUUGAGAAGAAGGCUUUGGACGAAAUGCUGAAAGAGCAUUCGAGUGAUCUUGGCCCUAAAUUUAAGAGCGUUAUAUAGGUAUCAUAUCUAGCCGCUGUUCGUAGACUUCACCAGCUUGUACAAAAAUGUAUCAAUUACUGAU